GCGCUAACGAGCUACGCUUGUUACAUUCAAAAACAUUAGGAAGCUCUUGCCAAUCGGUGGGUAUUUAGGCUACACCAGCUCUGGCGCAACACGGGUAUUCAGGGGCUGUUAAUAUUGGAAAUCUAGCAAGUGCAAGUAUUGGAAUUCGGCUUCAUUAUGCAUUCAGCGUCCACUGAAGGGUAUACACUGAGUUUGCUGCAGGCAUAGCACCCGGUGCGACACACGGAACAUAAAACGAUUCCUGAGGGAUCUCGGGAAUAAUAAAAAGAGGCGCCUAAAUCGUUCUUUUGUAGUUAGGUUCCUGCACACUAUGUGCGCUCUUUCUGGAUCUGGAUGCAUGACAACAAUGGGCUGUCAAGCUUUGGAGUUGCUCCCUAUCUUAAAGUUAUUUGCAACGGGCUGAUAUUCAUACAGGCUACCGUGAUACAUUUAUGCCUGGAAAUACUGUUUUUUACGGAUUGCCAGUAGCGCACGGACAUAAAUCCAAUUUGGAGAUAUUUCGGAAAAUGCCAGUACGAAACAGAUACAACCUGGUGGACGACGUGGGGGAUUCGCGGGUUCCUCUUCACAACGAGGAAGCAUACCAACAUGGGAUCAGUUUUCAAGCAAAGUAUGUGGGCAGCCUGGACGUGCCAAGGCCCAACAGUCGCAUGGAAAUUGUAGCUGCGAUGCGGAGGAUAAGGUAUGAAUUCAAAGCCAAGAACAUCAAGAAGAAGAAAGUGAGCAUCAUGGUGUCUGUGGACGGGGUGAAGGUGAUCCUCAGGAAGAAGCAGAAGAGGAAAGAAUGGACUUGGGAUGAGAGCAAGAUGAUGGUGAUGCAUGACCCCAUAUACAGGAUUUUCUACGUCUCCCACGACUCCCAAGAUCUGAAGAUCUUCAGCUACAUUGCCCGUGACGGAUCCAACAACUCCUUCAGGUGCAACGUCUUCAAGUCCAAGAAGAAGACCCAGGCCAUGCGCAUCGUUCGCACCGUGGGCCAGGCGUUCGAGGUGUGUCACAAACUCAGCCUGCAGCAUGCCCAGCAGAGCGGCGACGGAGAGAGCGACAGGUCAGCGGAGGAGCAGUCAGCCGAAGGUCGUCAUCUGCCGGGGGCGGAGCAAGACGAGGAGGGCGGGAUGGUGGUGCAGUCACAGGCGGGAGCGCUGUGUGAGCAGGCAGUCAGCGAGAUUCUGCAGAGCCUGGCAGAGCUGAACGUGGUCAGGCCUGGCCACAACCUCAAGGACAAGGCCGUCUUCCAAGAUCUGGAGAAGUGCUCGCUGUACACGGUGUCGCGCGGCUCCCUUUCUCCGGUCAGCCCCUGCUCCCCCACGCUCACGCCGCUGGCCGCCCAGCACCACCUGCAGCUCCUCCAGCACCAGCUGCACCAGCAGCAGCAGCAGACACAGGUCGCUGUCGCACAGGUGCAGCUCCUGAAGGACCAGAUGUCAGCCGAGACUGCGGCUCGGAUUGAGGCCCAGGCCCAAGUUCACCAGUUGCUGCUGCAGAACCGGGAUCUGCUCCAGCAGGUAGCGCUGCUGGUCAAGCAGCUGAAGGACCUGGAGGCCAAAGUGCACGCUACCGGCCAGACAGAUGGACAGGAUCCCACAUGGAGCUCAGUAUUGACCCAGUCCCUCUCCCUCAACCUGAAAAAUCACUACAGUCAAGGGAAGGACCCACCAGCCACUUCCACUCCGGCGGGGGUCCCCAAGGACACCCCCGUGCCAGCCGCCCAAGUGGACUGUGCCGAGUCCUACCUCAGUCUCCUCAACCUGGAGAACGGGUCACGACAAGAUGGCACAAUGGAGGGGAGCAGCCUCACCAGUGCAGCCAAUGGGAAGGCGGGGAAUGGACGGAACACAGUAAGGUCAAUCGUAGCAGCGAAUGAAAUUGACACCCAGACUCUCCGCACAGCAGAUGAAAGGUUUCAGCAGAUUAUUCCCAAGCUGAACCCUCCACCCCCGUCCAUCAACCGCAAACGUCCAAACAGGACGCGCUCCCCGGGACAAGAGUCCGACCCCAAGCCAACACCCCUGACCCCGCCCACUGAGACAAACGGACGGGCGAGCCUGGCCAACAGCGGGUCCUUCCCGGACAUCACGCCCUGCUCCUUCUCCUCCUGCGACUUCCAGUCCCUCAGCAACGGGGAGAGCGGCUCCUGCUCGGCCAGCGAGGACUCUGGGGUGCGCUCCGAGGAGAAGUCCCUCCUCUCGCCCCAGCAGGACGAUCCGUUCGAGGAGCCCGGCGCCUUCCUGUCCACCUCCAGCAGCUGCAGCAGUCACCUGGAGGACAGGGCUGGGUCCGGGUUCGGCUGCAUCCUCGCCCCCCCGGGUCCCCCGAGCCCCGUCAGGGACUCUGAGGGCUACGACCACACCAUCCCUUUCUCCUCCCCCGUCAACGAGACCUGUCUCCACAUCAGCUUCUCAGAGGACGAGCUGCUGGACACCAGCGCGGAGGACUUUGGGGUUCCGCAGCGCGGCUAGGGGCUCCAGCAGGAGCCACUCCUAUCUGGGCUCCUCGCAAGUCCUGCCUAGACUCCUUAAGCCUCCGCAUGGCAGGGGAAUCCCAAACCUGAUCAUUCUCUCAUAAUACACUUCUGCAUUGAGAUCUGUAAUGCACCCAUUUCAGGUGGAUGUGUUUCUGUUGAAUCCUUUUGUCAUGUGAGCAUUCACACACAGUAGAGAGUAACAUUCCAAGAGAACAGUGACACACUCUUGCCUUAGGGUUUGUACUGUGACUUAUGGUCUGUCUGCCCUUUGCCUGUCACACAUAUUCGGUGGCAGUUCAGACUACCACCUACUUGCACAAGACCCAUUUUUAUCCAUCCAUUCUGUGGGAUCAUUAAUAUUUCAAAUGACAGUUGACUGUCAUAUGUGAGGGCAUAUACAUUUUAUAGAUUGAAAAUAACAUUAAUAAUUUAUUAGCAGGCUAGUAAUAAGUAGAUAAUAAAGUGACAGCUUCUCUUACUGGCAGACUGCAUUUGCUGCAUAGGUUAGAAGACACAAUCAGAGACCUUGACAUUAUUAUUUUUUUUAAAUUGAUUAGUUUUUUAUUGGUGGGAGGGUUUGGUAGAGGGGAGUGGGUUCAUGAUUUUGCCCCCUGUAAAUGUGUUAGUGUUGAGAUAGAGCUGCAUCUCACAGGCCCAGGAAAGCUAGAAAGAGCAUGGAGAAAAGGUCCUGUAUGUUAAAUGAAAGAAAUAAGUGAAAGAGAAACCAGAAUGGCAUGUAAUGGUGGGACUGUGGGGGCUACAAGAAUUUGUCAAAUAUCAAUGGAUAUUUAAUAUAUUGUGCAGGAGGAGGGGCAGGUGAGCACUUGCUAAUUCUAGUUUCAGUUCCAGUUGACUCAGGGGGUCAUCAUACCAUACAUCUAAUGACCGCCUAGCUGUGAAUGCAAGCAAUACUUUUAAUAUACAAUAAAUCCAGUCAAACUCUAUUUUUUACAAGAAUUCUACUACAAAACGGACAUUGUGUACUGUAAUCAUCAAGAUGGUCUAUUUGCCAGAUUUGUUAGAGAAACAAAUCAUUAUGCAGAUUAUUUCAUUCAUUUCCUUGACAGAAAACUGUGGAGUACUGAAAAAAAUUAUAUUUCCUUACAUUCUUGAAUUAUAUUUAUGGACAACAUGGAUUUCAGUUCGAUGGUACAGUAUAUGGAAAUAUUAUUUAAUCUACCAUUUGUUAUUUAAUGGAUCAACAGUAAGGCUCUAAUUUUUCCCCUGACACUCUUGCAUGAGCUUGGUCAUUGUUUCUAAGAUCUUUCCCGUAGACCACUGCUGACAAGGAUAGCUUUUACAGUGCUCUGUAAAUUAGUAAUGUGUGAAAGAUUGAGCAUGAAAAGGUGUCAGACCUCAAGUGGGUGGAACUGCUUGCAGACCUGUUACUGAGCCACCAGCUCCUGAGCUGCAUAGUGAAACUAAAUGCUGCAUUUUAGAAACUAGGGGAAGAAUCAAGGUAAUGAAAACAAGUGCAACACAAGGGAUUUUGCUAUUUGUGUGGUCUUUACUGAGUUAUUCUCCAGUUUGGCAAUUCAAAGAAGGAAACCAUCUGAAACGAGCGAUAAUUGAAGAAAGGAGAAGUCACUGGAAAAGAAACGCAGGUGUUUUUAUUUCUUCUCAAAGGCAGAAUCUCCUAAUUCUGCAGCAAUUUUUUCCUGUCAGGGUACAUUAUGGCGGGAUUGAAAUGGUUUUUGAAAGGGCUGAAUGGUGUGUUGGUAAUGAAUCUGAAAUGCAGGCUGAAAUCCUGUCAAUAUCACUGCGGCGGUCUCAUCUCCUGCCGUUUUAUUCCUCUCAAAAUGUAUUCUGAACAACAGAAAAAUACAUUACUCUGUUCUCCAUUGAUUGAAUUGCCGUCUUGACUGAAGUAGAGCAAUGAAGACCACACAAAGGUCACAAGGGAGAGCUGACUUAAGAUGCACGCCAGGAUGGGUUUUGAUUUGUCGGAGAAGGGUUUUGUCAUGUUGAAGAUUUGUCGUGGUUGGAGAUGAAGGAAUAAUGGAACAGAGACACACUGGGAGUGGGCCCAAUGUGUCAAGCAAUGGGGGAAAAGUCGGCUCGUAUUCAACAGCAAUUAGCUAGAAACAAUAAAGCAGCUGGUUAAAAGACCA